AAUUUUGGAUUUACAUGUACUGAAGUCAAUGAAGGAUAGAGGCCUAUGUGUGUCAUUUGCUAAAAAACUUUAGCAGCAGAUAGCAUGAAACCUAAUAAACUUAAACGACAUUUGGAAACGCUCCAUACCGUGAACGAUGAGUUUUCGGCACUAAAAGAGCGUUUCGUAUACUACUACAAUUUUCAACAUCCUACCUUUGCGAAACAGGAUUUUCGGCCGUAGCUGCUUUGAAGACC